CAGAAAUCUCAACGUAUGGGCCGGCCUCCGAUGGUCUCACACACGACACAUGCAUCAGUGGGACGACGGCAUGCAGAUGACGUGGGCCACAUGGCCUUCAAAUGAACCCAACUUAGUGGAUGUGGAGGACUGCGUACGGGUCGUGGUCUCAAGAGGCGUGGCAAAGUUUCGGACAAGAGAGUGCUUUUUCAACUUCUUCGCAAUAUGUGGAAACUACUCAGACAGAUUUACGAUAGCGUGGCCCAGGCAAUCCCCCGCCCGAUCCACCAGCCCCGUUCUGUCUGAGGGACCCGCGAGAUCCUUCUUGGAGUGUGCAGAUAUCUGUCAGUCCGACUCUUCGUGUCUUUACAUGUCUUACACGUCCGACUCUGGAACCUGUACGACCUUCGGAGUGGGCUUGACCAAUGCAGACUUAGCUCCGAAUGACUAUGGGCGUACAGCGAUGAAUCUGCAGGUUUCAGGACAGUAUGCCAGUUCACCUUCGUUGCUUAUGAAUUACACACAAAAGCCAUGAAUAUCUUAUACGACACUGUGGUUUAUUUUGUAAUCGAAACUGUUGUUGCUGUUCUAUGCAGAAUCAGUAUUAGAUAUUAGAUUAUUUGUUUCCUUUUUAAAAACCGAACGCCUUCCCUCCUCUGCCCUUUUGGUUCCGUGGCAAUAUAUUAUUACCAGAGCAUAGGUGUAACGGAUCGACACCAGUUACGGCCAAAGUUUUGGACACCUGGAAUUCGGAAUGUCUUUUUGUUCUUAUAAUGCAUAUCAAGAGAAGAGAAAGGAGAGAAACGUCCACCAUCUUUUGUGCUGUAUAAUUAUCUAUGAGCAACAAUAUUAAUGUAUAUGCGCGCGAAUGUGCGCGUGUGUGUGUGUGUGUGUGUGUUUGUGUGUGUGUGUGUGUGUGUGUGUGUGUGUGUGUGUGUGUGUGUGUGUGUGUGUGUUUGAGAGUGUGUGUAUUUGUAAGUUUAUCGCAAUUAAAAUCUAGAUUUAAUCGAUAACUAUAUUAUAUGUGUUACAUUAUAUUAAUUGCUGAUUGUUUUGUGGCCAGUUUGUGUUUGUUGUUACAUCCUUUUGAGUUGGGUUUCUGAAUUUUAAACACACACCCUUAAAGACCUAUUCUUUUUUCGGUCAUACUGACUUCCUCAGAUCAUAUAAAAGGCAGUCCGACACGGCGCUUUUUUGUUGGCAAACUUUGUCAACAUAGGUAGAAAAGAAUUUUACUCAGGAUGGGAUCCGAAGUUUCCUUUUAAUCUUGGAAACAUUUUCCUCACAGCAAAGUGUCUUGACGUGUUUCCGAACGCACUGCCCACGUAAUUCUUUCGCUAUUUCAAAUAACACCUUGCGUUUCAAUAUAAUCGAAAAGUAACAGUAAACCUAAAAAGAUAUACCCACCUGCCCCACCCCACUCGAUCUCAAGGCAUGGGCACACAUUUAUUUGAAGUUGAAGUAGGUUGCUCGAUCUCAACACGUUUGUGCAGCAUCCAUUUUUCUUGCAAACAAUGGGCGAACAAUGGGUGAUGUCGACGUAGUAUUGAAUACAUUAACGAUAUGCGUACAUGAAUCACCAC